AUGGCUCAUGAUUGGAAACUCUUUGAGCAGGACGUUAUACGGCUCUACGUUGACGGAAACCAGACGGAAAGUAAAACUCGAGAGUACUUACAAGAGACGUAUGGCCUCCGUGUCACAUCAAAACAAUUCAAGAGCAAGUUUGGUGGAUUGAAAAACCUACGAGUAGAUGAAUGGAAGGCGGUUAUUAAGACCUUGGGAUCGACUCUCAUGGACAACACAGAGUAG